UGUACUUCUCUACCUUUGUACUACCAAAGUUGUCAACUGAAAUGUGUAGAUUAAAAAUGAUGUUUUGGUCAAGGUCAUUGAAAUCUUAUAAAAAAAAAAAAAAAGGAGACACAUCAUUACAUAUCUAUAUACUAUUAAAUAAGGUUCCUCUGGAAAACUUGAGGCAAACUUUCAUGAUUAUAUUAUCAUAUUAGCUUCCCAAUAGUUUGUUGAUUUUAAUUUUUUUUUUCUUGGAAUAUCUUAGCAUAUUUAAAAUGGAUUUGAAAUUUAAACUUUUUUAAAAUUUUUUGUUAGAGACAGUCUUCAUCCACCUCAGUAUAUUCAAAUUGUAGAAUAAGAUACACUGAUUAUUGACAGCAAUAAAAUGUAACAAAAUGUUGUUAUUCAAGCCUGACAAUACAGCAUUUUGGAGUAUCUCUGGCUGGAGCUGCACUAGUCUAUACUUAAUUCAUAGAAGCAUGGACUCAUCCUGCUGUGUUCUUAAAAUAGUCUAAUGUCUUCAUGCAACAUGAAGAAAAGUGCAGGGAACACAUUUAUUUCAGAGACCCAUGACAUACUGACUUCUCUUCCUGGCUGUGACUAGUCAGUAGAGGAUAAUGCUGUAGUGUCUGUGUCAGUCACUAGUAAGGAGUAGUAGGUGCCCAGAUUAACCUUUAUAUCCUCCCUGAGUGCUGCUUUGUGAAACUGGCAGGUAGGGUCCUUCUGUUUGGCUUAAAGCACAUGCCAUUGUGAAUUUAGGAAGAAUUUGGCUUUGUAUCGAUAAUUAUUUUUUUUCCCUCAAUAUUGCUCAUAUUUAUUUAACUUGUUUGGCCUUUUUUCUAAGAGCAAGACUAAAAAAUUUAAACAAGGUGCUGGUUAUUCUAUGGUUAUUCUAAGUAGAAGGUGGUUUUGUUAGAGGCAAAUUCUGAGCAUUUGGAAAACCUGAUAUAUACUUGAAUAGUCUUGACAUUUUUCCACUUGCGUAGGGAUGUAGUGGUAGGGUUAGUGCUCCAAACAUGGGAUCAUUUAAAGCAGGAGCUCAAGAAAUGAAAUCAUGUGGGGCUGGGGUUUUUCUUGGGGUUUUUUUAUGUUGUUGUUGUUACCAUAAAUAGGAAUCAAACUGAGGCUCUCACUACUUUCAAAGCCAAUGCCACUCCUGACACUUUUAGGGACUAUACAGUUGUGGGUUUUUGUUGGGUUUUUUUGCCUUGCUUUUGCUUAAAUUGAAUAUUGAACUGAAGCUUUAGGUAUACAUAAGCCUAAUGCAUAAUCAUGUUGGGAAAGGAUAGCCACUUCCUCUGCAAAGUGUCUUUCUAUUCAGCAUAUGGGAACCAAGAUCUGAUUGAGUAUUCUAGUGAAAAUAUCUAAAACCAAGGAAGUGAAUUAUGAUACAAUGCCUUAGCCCAGUGGCUGGAAGUAGGUACAGAUGAAAUUUUGGGUUCUACAACCUUGCCCUUAUGUAGCAGUAGACUACCCAUCUGGGAACAUGGAGAGUCCAGAAUACGGCCUAAUGGUUUUACAAGGUAUGGGCUGUAUCACUAAAGGAGUACAUUAGCAUCUUCUUUAAACGCUGUAAUAUAUUUAGGAAUUGUCAAGCUGAAUGGGGGGAAGCAACAAAAAGCAAGAACCUCUCUCUUAAAAGUUAGUCUUCUAAAUUUGCUGCUUUUCUGGGAAAGGAAGGUUGGGCUGAGCUGCAGAGCUUGCUAGGCACUACAUCUUACAAGAAGAGAUGAUGGAAUGAACCAAGUCUGAGGAACAGUUGGCAGAAGGGGAAAAAAACUUGCCUAGAGUUACCUCCAUAUGUUAAAAUGAUCAGGUUUUAGAGAUCUAGAGUGUGUGUACCUUGGGCUUUUAUGGGUUUUGUUUGCAUAUUUUGUUACAGAAAUAGAAUCCCCAUUUGUUUAUAAAGGAGUAGACAUGGAGGAGAAGCAGCACUUCAGAGCUGCAUCCCUUUGCAUAGUGAGCAUGGCAUUUCUAAGUACCAUACAUGAUAAUUCACAUCAAUGUAUUUUUUAUUUCACAGCCAGGCUAGGAACACUCAUGUGGUAAGAUAGGAAAAUUGCCUAAUAAAAGGUAAUAGAUUAAUUUUAAUCAUUACAGUUUGAUGUAAACAGACUGUGAGAUACAAACAUGGUGAGAGCAAUUACAGAGCUCUUGGAUUAAUUUGUUUCUUGUUCCAGGAAGACAGAUUAUCUUGGACACUGUCAUAACUUUUUUCUUGGUUGGAUAAUGUGCCAAUAUUGAAACCCAUGGACCUAAUGGUAGAAGCAAGUCCCAGAAGGAUAUUUGCAAAUGCACAUACUUAUCACAUAAACUCUAUUUCAGUAAAUAGUGAUCAUGAAACAUACCUUUCUGCAGAUGACCUAAGAAUUAACCUAUGGCAUUUAGAAAUCACAGAUAGAAGUUUUAAUAUUGUAGAUAUUAAGCCUGCUAACAUGGAGGAGCUGACAGAAGUGAUUACUGCUGCAGAGUUCCACCCUCAUCACUGUAACGUGUUUGUCUAUAGUAGUAGCAAAGGAACUAUUCGACUCUGUGACAUGCGUUCUUCAGCCCUCUGUGAUAGGCAUUCAAAAUUUUUUGAAGAACCUGAAGAUCCUAGCAGCAGAUCGUUUUUUUCAGAAAUAAUAUCAUCGAUAUCUGAUGUAAAAUUCAGUCACAGUGGUCGAUACAUGAUGACAAGAGACUACCUUUCUGUUAAAGUGUGGGAUCUCAAUAUGGAAAACAGGCCUGUAGAGACAUAUCAAGUUCAUGAGUAUCUUCGAAGCAAGCUUUGUUCCCUUUAUGAAAAUGACUGCAUCUUUGACAAAUUUGAAUGCUGCUGGAAUGGUUCUGAUAGUGCUAUCAUGACUGGAUCUUACAACAACUUCUUUAGAAUGUUUGACCGAAACACGCGACGGGACAUCACUCUAGAAGCAUCCAGGGAGAGCAGCAAACCUCGUGCCAUCUUAAAGCCACGUAAAGUGUGUACAGGUGGCAAAAGAAAGAAGGAUGAAAUAAGCGUUGACAGUCUGGACUUCAACAAGAAGAUUCUUCAUACAGCAUGGCAUCCCAUGGAGAACAUCAUUGCUGUAGCUGCCACCAAUAAUUUGUAUAUAUUCCAGGACAAAAUUAACUAAAGAUGACUUACUUGAGGACAGAGUCGUCGUCUUGCAUAGUUAAGCUCAUUUGUUUAUCUGUAAAAGAGAAGGCCUUGUUGUCCUACCAGUGAAGAACAUUGAUGCACUUACUUCCCUUUAGAUAAAGGAAAGGAUCUGGCCUGGUUUUUGAGUUCAUGGUGUAGUUCUGCCUUCGGUGGGGGUAGGGAACGUCAGUCGCAAUUUUCUGGGAGAAACCCUCUAGAGGCAGAAUUGAUGGACAGUGCUCAAAAGGCCAAUACUCAAAACAAAUGUAUUUAUUUAAGUCUGAGCCUUCCUUUCCAGUUUAUAGACCAAAAAUUUAACACCCAAGAAGAAAAAUUGUCAUAAAAAUGUAAUUUCUAUCUCUCGCGCUCUUUCUCUGCUGUAAUAUUUGGGCCUUUCAAAACAUAUAUUGUGCUUAAUGCCUGUAAACAUUCCUCCUCUGGCCUGUAUCUAGGCUUAGGUGUUUUUACCUUUGAGCACUUAGGUAGGUCUUGAGUUGGGUUCGUAGACAGGUUUCCAUGAAUAUUUACUCACCAACUGUAUCUAUAACCACACCUUCUGGUGUAAACCACUUAAUAAAAUAACAAACUAUAAAAACUGUUUUUAAAUCUGAAGGUAUGUAUUCAGUCUUUUUAUUUUUUUAUUGCAUGUACUGAGAUUGUGCAAAAUAAUCCUGAUGGGCAGAUUUGACAAUGUUUGCCCCAAAACAUUGAUUUUUGGCAGACUAAUACAAACUUUUUUGUGUAGUAUUUCAAAUUCUAAAUUUAGAGUUUCCAUGAAAUUGUCAUUUAGUUUAAGUUGCACUGGUUUUCUUGUAACACUAUCUGUGUACCAAGUAGGAGAUUGAAAAGGUUAGUAUAAAGACAUCCACAGCCUUAAUAGAAAGUGACCACCUUGCACAGAAGGGAAAACAAAACACUGAACAGAUUUUCUUCUUUGAAGAUAAAAAUUCAGUUUAUCUGAUGCCUCUCAAUGUUAGAUAGAGACAUACCUUACGUGCAUUAUGUUUUUUAACCUUUUUAGUAUUUGUCAUGAAGAUAUAGUUUAUUUUAAAUAUUUGGCAUAAUAUAUUGUAUUUCAGAUUGCAGUUCAAGCCAGCAAAAAAAACCAAACACCUUUCUUGAUUAUGCCAAGCAGCAACGCAGCUUAAUAGACUUGGGCACGUUCUGACUUUAACACCAAGAUGUCAGAAAACACUGAGGCCAUGAGCUGGUGUUAACUGCGGUUGUUGUAACUCUGUUCUUGCUAACUUUUUUUUUUUUUUUUUUUUUUAAGCCUUAGGUACUUCCCCCCCCCCCCCCCCCCCCCCCCCAAAGAGGCCUAAAAUGCAUCAACCUUCUCUUCACCCUAGACUAGCCUGGGUGAGAAACUGUUCCUGAAGCUGUUGCAGCACAUUUUAGUAGCAUCAAGUAGCUAGACGUUACACUCUAUGAAAUGUGCCUGCAAAUUAGAAAUUCUUGCUGAAAAACAAGAUCCCCUGAGCUUCCCAGAGGCAAUACAGAAGUGUGGUUUACACUCCAUUUUUCUUAAAAUGAAGGUGUAUUAUGAUUAUGGAAUCAGAUCUGCAUAUGUAAGAGCAAAAUGUCUCUGUUCUUACCCUCCCGAUCAAUGUCCAUAGAGUGCCACUCUUGUUCACGGUAAGCUAGUAAGUACAACUAACUUUGAGGUUCUACAAAUAAAGUUUAAAUUAAAAAAAAAAAAAACUUAUACUGUAUAUUGGUUGUGACACUAUUUGAAAAUCUUGAAAUGUGGAACUUCUGGGUCACUAAAGCGUUAGAUUUGACCUUGUUCCUAAAAUACAUAAUAGAGCUAAUACAAUGGGAUUGUACAUACUUGUUCAAUUAUUUUGACCAAAAAGUUUAAUAAAUUUUAAAUGUUUACCUGGA